AUGGCGGCGAUGCAGCUUCCCCCGGCGACUCUUUACGCUGGAAAACCUUCGACGGUCUUACCUCCGAAUUCUCCAAACCUCCUCAGAUCAUCUUUCUUGCCUUAUUACUCGAUGAGGCUAGUCAACAACAAGAAACCUCUCUCCAAAUCAUUAUCAUCAUCCUCUGCUCCAAGAUUCUCAAUGCGUGUCUCCUCCAAGCAAGCCUAUAUCUGCCGUGAUUGCGGGUAUAUUUACAAUGACAGAACUCCAUUCGAAAAGUUACCUGAUAACUACUUCUGUCCAGUGUGUGCUGCUCCUAAACGGAGGUUUAGACCGUACAUGCCUGAUGUGAGCAAGAACGUUAACGAAAAAGAUGUGAGAAAGGCCAGAAAAGCUGAGCUCCAAAGAGACGAAGCCGUUGGGAAGGCUUUGCCAAUAGCAAUUGCAUUUGGACUUUUAGCUCUCGCAGCUCUAUACUUUUACGUCAACAAUGUCUCAUGA